UUGAGGAGGAGGGACUUGGACAUUAUUUUUGCUUCUAUAGCCGCAGUCAUCUGCUGGACUGCUGCAUCGCACACGUGUGAAGUGAAAAUAUUUUUAGUUGGAUACCGACCAAGGUACGAAAAAGAUAACAUUAAUUCAGCGGUGUCAACCAAUCUACUUCCAUUUUGGUUUUGAAAUAAUCUGAAAACAAAGCCACCUGUACACUCUCUAUAGCUCGACCGUCAACAAACACAACAUCUAAUCAGACAAAAGCCUCGCGCUUGGCGUUGCGAUGGUUGUUCCAAUAUACCUAUCUGCACUCAUUCUCAUACUACAGUGCCAUGCAGCUUGUGGUGAGAUCUUUAGCUCGUUGGCAGACAUGGAAGGCCUUGUUUCAACAGAAUUCGAGCUGAUGAAACAACUGGAUAAUUAUAUCCAGGAAGAGGAGAUCCGUCUGAAGCGCUUAAGAGGAUUUCUGGAGGAGUAUGAAAACAAUCAUCACGAAGCCAGCGAAGAUGUCUCCAAGUACUUGGCAAAUCCUCUGAACGCUUAUUUACUAGUCAAGCGACUCACCUCUGAUUGGAAGAAAGUAGAAGGUGUUAUGACGCAAAAUGCUGGCACCGCCUUUAUGAUCAACAUCACUCAGCAUCGGGGUGUGUUGUACUUCCCAUCUGAGGAGGAUUUGAAUGGAGCAGCAGUAGCUCUUAUGAGACUUCAGGACACCUAUAAGCUGGAUACACACGCUCUGGCUAACGGGGAUCUGUUGGGCAAGAAAUACUCUCGCCAGCUAACUGCUGGAGAUUGCUGGGAACUGGGUCGGCAGUCGUACAACAACGGCGAUCACUACCACACGGUUCUGUGGAUGGGAGAAGCUUUGAACAAGUGGGACGACGAAUCAAACAAAACUGUUACUCGAAAUGAAAUUCUUGAAUAUUUGGCCUUUUCUACUUUUAAACAAGGAAACGUCAAGGAAGCAUUACAGUUGACUAACGAACUGCUCAAGAUUGUUCCGUACCAUCAACGCGCAAUCGGCAACAAGAAACAUUAUGAAGACGUCCUUCGUCAACUCGGAGUAAUCCCAGAGCAUGGAAAGACUGAUGACAGUAGUAGUGACGAUGGCAUGAGUGAACCAUUUAACACGGCAAAUCUCAAGCUGAAAAAACCUUCUCCGACCUCUGGUAUUUCAAAUGAUCACUGGGAUAAAUAUGAGAAGCUCUGCAGAGGAGAGAAAUUGAUGGAUCCAAAAAUCGAAGGUCAUCUCCGAUGCCGUUAUGUAACCAAUGACGAUCCCUACUUUUUCAUUCAACCGCUGAAGAUGGAAGAAGCGUUCCUCAAACCGCUUCUUGUAAUUUACCACGAUGUUAUCUUUGAUGAAGAGAUUGAAACCGUUAAGAAACUUGCUCAUCCAAGGUUUAAAAGGACCACUGUUGUGAACAGCGCAACGGGCAAACUCGAGACCGCCAAGUACCGUAUAUCUAAGGCGGCAUUUUUGAAAAACGAAGAACACCAUCACGUGUUGAAGAUGUCUCGUCGAGUUGGUGCCAUUACCGGACUCGACAUGUCAACAGCUGAGGACCUCCAAAUUUGCAAUUACGGCAUUGGUGGUCAUUAUGAGCCUCAUUUUGAUUACGCCAGGAAAAAUGAAACCAUUAUUGGCCUCAAUAACGAUUCAGGAUGGCGUAAUCGCAUUGCCACUUGGUUAUUUUACAUGAGUGAUGUCGAGGCUGGUGGUGCAACUGUCUUCCCAGCGCUCAAUGUCGCUCUUUGGCCGCAGAAAGGUAGCGCUGCCUUUUGGUACAACUUGUUUCCAAAUGGCGAGGGUAACGAGUUGACUCGCCACGCUGCUUGCCCUGUACUUACUGGAUCCAAAUGGGUUGCCAAUAAAUGGAUUCACGAGAAAAAUCAAGAAUUCCGUCGACCUUGCGGGUUAACAGUCGACGCCGAAACAUAAAGCCAAUAGUUCUAAAUGAAUCAAUCAUUUCUCAAGCAGUCUCAAAACUGUCCAGAAUAGUCUGGGAUUAUUGCUCGCUCUACUGUGUUGUUAUACACCUCCAUGAAAUGUUUUAUUGGGGAUCAGAUCAUCGGAUCAUGUUUAUGUGUACUACUUUUGUUUCCGUCGCAAAUUUUUGAAUUAAAUAAAAUUUUUAUUGGUA